AAAAAAAUUAAUUGUGUGAUGUAAGUGAGCUAAUGUGUUUGGACCUCAGGAGGAGUAAGCCAGCAGCUAAUGGCCAGCAACCCAGGAGGAGUAAACCAUCAGUCCUGUUUGUCGUAGAAAUAUACUAUUUGAAUAUACUUUUUUUUGACAUCACCCACUUCCUGAUCACGGCAGCAAACAAACAUGGCGGCCACCAUGGAGCUGAGAUGCUGGGGAGGUGAUUGGGGUUUGCCUUCCGUCCACACAGAGUCUCUCAUAGUGCUGGCCUAUGCCAAGUUCUCUGGAGCCACGAUCACAGUAACUCCCAUAGACUGGACGUGGAAGACUUUGACAGGCACAGUGCCAGAGUUGGUCUACCAGGGAUCCACAAUAACCGAACCUGCUCAGAUUCUCAACUUCCUGAGAAAACAGCAGAGGUUUAAUGCAGACUAUGAGUUGUCGGCGAGGCAGGGAGCAGACACCAUGGCCUACAUCGCUCUACUGGAGGAGAAACUACGACCAGCCCUGUUACACACAUUCUGGGUGGAUGCUGAGAACUAUGCUAACCUGACUCGGCCGUGGUUCGCCUCCCGCUCUCCCUUUCCCCUCAACUUCCUGGUCCCUGGUCGCCAUGCCAACACAGCCCUGUCCCGGAUCCUGCUGACCAAGGGAGAGUCUCCUCUACACACUAUCACUGAGGUGGAGGGAAAGGUAGGACAGAUCCCUCUACACACCAUCACUGAGAUGGAGGGAAAGAUUUACAGUGAAGCUAAGGAGUGUCUGAAUCUGCUUUCCCACAGAUUGGGGAUGGCCUACUACUUCUUUGGGAACACGCCAUGCAGUCUGGAUGCGUUUGUGUUUGGCUUUGUAGCUCCCCUCCACAAGGCCAGCCUACCCAGCAGCCCUCUGCAGAGCCACCUCAGACAGCUGGACAAUCUCCAGCGCUUCUGUGACCACAUACUCAACGCUCACUUCAGCAGUCAUCCCGGGUCUCCCCAGCCGGUUCAGGAGACGGUGGAUGCCAACCUGCAGAAACUCACUCAGCUUGUAAACAAAGAGUCCAACCUCAUAGAGAAGAUGGAUGACAACCUGAGGAGCAGCCCUCAGCACAAACCCCUCAGAGCAGACCCCAGACCCAGCCUGGGCAACGACAAGAGCUCUACCCCUGCCUAACCCCACACCUCUAGCCCUCGACCUCUCACCCCCGACCAGCCUGGUGGAUGGGAGGGGUGCUGUAUUAUACUAAACCUGGUUCUGUAAAUGCCCUAGCCUGAGUGCCAGUCUGUUUGUACUAGCAUGCCAACUCUUUCUUACUCAUUGACAAGCAAUGGAGUUGGCAAGAGCACAAACAGAUCUGGGAUCAGGCUACAAAUACCCAAGGUUAUCCUUUAAAUUAUGCAUUUGAUUGUUUUAGACAGUUUAUGCCUUGCAAGUGUAAUUAAAACUGCCCUGAAUGGAAACUAUCAAUGAAGAAAAAUAAUGGCAGAAUUGUGGACUAUUUAGAGAUGAUGAUGUCUGUAAAAUAGAUAUGGUUUCAUGAAAUGAGGGAGAAGUGCACGGCGAAAUGGAAAGGUUUUAGUGGUUUAGAGCGGAAUGCUGAGGACUGCUACCAAAUGAGAAGCCUUUAAACAUUGAAAGGCAAGAGGCAGGAAAUGAGAAGGCCAGUUGGUUUAAAACACUCUUGAGAGAGAGGUACUGCCUUUCUACUGACCUGCUGUAAGAUAGGGAAAACCUUUUCUAACAGAUUCUAAAGGAUUGAAAUGACUGAGGUCCCAAUUCAUUCCAACCUGCAUUGUAGUAUUAAACACAGGAACAUGUGAACAUGUUUUCUUUCCUGUGCUCGGGUAAUAUCCAAAUGCAAAACUCCUCCCACAGGUACAUGUACUGUAGAUGCUCUCAGGUUUCAGAAAUAGGUUGUGUUCAUGGGCAGUGGUCGUGUAGACAAGGUUGCUGCAUAAACACUAAUAUGGCAGGUUUGCUGGAAUUUAUUCAUAGAUAAGGGCUAAGUCUAUGCUAAAUAUACAAGGCAGUUAUUCUUUAGCUCUGUGGUAUAAUGGGAAAUAAAAUGUAUGGGUCACUUAAUCUACAUGUUUGUAAUGAACAGUACAGGUUGAAUUGAUGCAUCAUUUUGAGAGAUUCUGGUGUAAAUGAGGUCAUUACUGACAGGCAGGCACUGACACUGGUCUACUUGAGUUUUGAAACGUCAUAGCUACUGUAGCUGCUGUUGCACAGUCCUAAAUGAUCCGAAUAAUGCUCUUUCCUCACCUGAGGACUGACUCGACCGUUUCUGUGCUGAGACUCGACGCUCGCCCCAAAUGGCACCCUAUUCCCUACAUGGUGGGCUACUUUUGACCAGAGCGCUUAUGGGCCCUGGUGAAAAGCAGUGCACGAUAAAGGGACUACAGUGCCUGCAACAGGUUUUCCUCGAGGAUUUUGCCAGUGCAAAGCUGUAUUUCUAGCUGUCUGUGGUGGUUCCAUCCAGACCUGAUGUAUCUAUGUAGAUAAUCAUUAAAUGUUCGUAUUACUUUAUGAGGGCAUGUGCUGUACAGCUGUCUAGUUUCAGUUCAUUUGUGUUCAUAUUGAAUGGGGGAAUGUUUAAUACAAUGCAGAUGAUUUUAUUUGUUAGAAUGUCACUUAUUUUACUGAGGGAGAUGUCUAAGUUUUCCCUUUAACAAAUAGAUCAUCUUUACAACUGUUGUUAAGGUAGCUCUGUAAAUAGACUUUAAGUAUAUAUGUACAGUAUGUAUGUAUGCUAUCAUAUCGCCGUAGAAGUUAGCUCGUUUAAUUAGCUAUAGUCCUGCCUCUUCAUGAACAGAUCGAGUCGUUGUGAUCGUAACGUUGUAUCAUUGUAAAUACAUUUAAAUACUAAUCCAAUGCAUUUAAUUCGGUAUUGUUUCUUUAUAACGGUGCUGCUUAGAUGAAUGCGGUUCAACUCUCCUCGUGUGUUUUCUUUCUUUAGCUAAGACUGAAGUGAGUUAUUGAUUCUACAGUUGGGCUUCAUUGAUAAGGCAUACGUGUUUUAGGUUAUUGUUCAGCAGUAUCAAAAAGCACUACGUUCGUCUGUACGUACUGCCCUACAAAACGCAGUGCCUAUGUUUGUUUUUUUACUGCAAAAUCUGACUUCAAAUCUUUUUAUGUAAAAGACAGCAAUUUCUGAUAUAUUCUGAUCAAAAUUCGUAGUUAUUGCGUUUUGCCUUUGUAGGGCAGACAGUAUAUUGUGAGGUAUUUGACUUUUGAUAUCAAAUCCAUCAAGUCUGAUCUCAAACACAAACAAAAAAGUUGUAAUGGAUUCUGACUCAAAAGAAGAAUAUUUUCUCGUUUGAUCUCUAAUUCGCCCCAUGUUGUGGAGUUGUUUUUGUAAAGAUGUGUUUUGUUGAUCAUGAUUUUGUCUAUAUUAGUUAUGCUGUGCCUACAUCACCAUCGCCUUGUCUGUUAUGAGCAGGUCCAUCCAUUUGGGAACAGGCCAUAUUAUUAUUAUUAUUAUUAUUAUUAUUAUUAUUAUUAUUAUUAAUAAUAAUAAUUAUAUUAUUAUAUUAUAAACAGGCCUUGUAUUAGACAAUGAUGGAGAACUCCGCUAACAUACUGUACACCAUCUCUGCCUGCAGAUGUCAGAAGUAUGUCAUUACUGCAUGUUUGAAGUAUGUCAUUUGUCUCCCACUGACAUCCAGAGCCAUAUAUUUAUAUGACUCUGGUGACAUCCAGGAUCAGCCACUGUAAUAGUGGCUCUAUUCACCUGAAUGUUCCAUGUUGUUUCCUGUGCUUUGCCUUUGCUGUUGUUUACUUCCUUUGUUGACAGGAUUAACAGGGACUGUUCAGUGCUUAAAGGGAAUGUAUCCAUGUAGUGAAUAUUCCGCUUAAGCAAUGAAUAUUAUUCACUUCAUGGAUACAUUCCCUUUAAGCGCUAUGGAAUUAGUUACAACUUUAUUCGUUGUUUUGGUUUGUGUAAGAAAGAGAAGAAAUGUUGAAAUACAUGUAUAGGAGAAAGGGAGACAGUAUUAGGAAGGACUGGUACUGUGUGUCUUGAUAAGACUGCCGAAGCGAUUGUAUAGCUGUAAACUACUGUAACCAACUUUCUCAGAUUAAACUCAUGUUUGGAAUUGUAAAAACACUAUUGGCACUUUUAUCCAAGUUCAGAAAGUCACAGUUAGGAUUUGGCCCAUUGUCCUUAGCUGGUCAAUACUUGAAGUUCAAACAACUUUAGUAAAUUCAUUCUCCUGAGGUUUUGUGAUGGGAUGAAAAACAGAGUUUUAACCAUGAUAUUGCCAUUGUAAUAUCAUAUUCCUGGUUCAUUCUUUGUGCAUGGUUUAAUAAAAGUAUAACCUAACCACCUA